AUGCCUUUGGGUUUCUUCUCGUCCAACUCCUCCAAAGACGGGCCCAAGCCGCAGCCGUUGACCAGCGAAAAGGAGAAGAAGUUCAAGGAUGUCGCCUCGUCGAAUGCUGGCGUAGAGAUCAAAGAGUCCAAAGGUGCUACCAUAAAGCUCGGAAAGAAGUCGUAUGUGAUCGAGAAGAAGCUGGCUGAAGGUGGCUAUGCGAUUGUUUAUUUGGUUCAGGACAAACAUAAUCGGUGCUAUGCCUUGAAACGACAAUUGAUUAGGGACGAUCCACGACAGGUCGAAGCUUGCAAAACUGAAGCCCAGAUUGUUGUAAGUUUUUCGCUGAUUAUUACACUUUCAUUUUUCGAACGCGCUGGGCUGGAUUUCGCCUUAUGUUCCUCAUGAGUAAUAUAAUUUUCAUGGUGAAUAUAAAAAAUUCUCACGAUUUCGCCAGUUUCAAUUCAAAAUUGAUUUUUCAGAAAAACCUCAAUGGACAUAAGAAUAUCGUCGCGUAUGUCGACCACUCCCUCGGUGUAAAUAAAGCAGGAAUCUACGAUUACAUGCUAUUAACGGUGUAUUAUAAAUGUAAGUUUUUUUCUUUGUUUUCUUCUUUUUUUAGGUCUCAGAAAUGAUGAAAGGGACCGCUGGAAUGUUUAGUUAAUUGAACGUAUGUUGUUUCAGCUAACGUAUUGCAACUACUUAACUCUCGCCUCCUCAAUAACAAAUGGCUUUCGACGGCGGAGAUUCUGGACAUUUUCUGUGAUGUCUGUGAGUCCGUCGCUCGUCUACAUCACUCCAAAACCCCCGUGAUUCAUCGAGAUUUGAAGGUGGAGAACAUCUUGAUUGAUGAGAGAACAGGUGGAGAACGUCCCAUCUAUGUUCUAUGUGAUUUUGGAAGCGCCACCACAAAAGUUAUGUCCCGAGAUACGUGUACACAAUAUGAUCUCGAAGAGGAGAUCAAGAAGUACACGACCCCGUCAUAUCGAGCCCCAGAAAUGAUUGAUCUGUUUGCGGGAACACCAAUUGGUAGGCAGAAGUCUAGUGUAAUUAAAUUACUUUGGUUUUAGACACAAAAAGUGAUAUCUGGGCACUUGGAGUACUUCUUUAUAAAUUAUGUUACUUUGCCCUCCCAUUUGGGGAUUCGAUUCUGGCCAUUCAGAAUGGGACCUUCUCCUUCCCCGAUCAACCAGAAGUCCCCGAUGAAAUCAAAGCUAUUAUUAGUAGGUUGCACUUGUAUACUGGAUUGAAAUCUGUACGGUUUGUUUAUCAAAGGGUCUAUUUUCAGAUCUCUUGUUGACGGCGAGUGCAAAGCAUCGCCCCAAUAUUUAUCAGGCCUCGUAUUUGGCCUUUUCCGCGGCCAAAAGGAAGUGCCCGGUCUAUAAUAUUGAGGUGAGAACUUAGAGAACGUAUUUUUAAGAUUAUAUGUGAUCUGUUUAAUUUAUAAUUACCUGAAAAGGGACCUAUUUUAUUCAAUUUUUUCGAGUACCAGUAUAUUUUUGUACUUUAUCAACUAAAACUGCGUUAUUUCAGAAGUGUCCCAGAAUCGAACUGACCGAAGCUGUCGAGAUUUACAAACUUCGCGGAAAGUUGGGCGCAAAUUAUGCCAGGCGCUUGGAGAAGGCUCUAAAUGAUUUUGAAGAACAGAAAAUUAAAGGAAAGGUUCAACCUCCGAAGCCCGAAUUAAAAGAACGUCCGGCCGAGAAAGCCGCCUCAUCCCCACCGUCGGAUAAAAUACAGGAAAGAGAGCAAGUUUCGAUUCCAGUAUCGGCGGAGGGAAUGAUUGUGAACACGGAGCAGGACCGGCAAAAUACGCAGACGACUUCUGUGAAUCCAAGACUCAGGCCAAAGGCUAGUACAACGGUUGGAGGACAGUUCUUACCACCAGUUGGAACGGUAAGAGCCAUAUUUGAUGUCAAUGAGACACAGUUUUUUAGAUUAAUUUAUUUUUUAUACCAACUCCCAGCCGUUUUAGAUUGGAUUUGAUUUAGAAUUUGAUGAAAGUUAAGGUUAAUGACGUUGCAUUUAGUAAACAAGUGCUUUUGUAAAGUGAUUAAUUUUUUCUGAUUGAAAACUUUCUUUUUAUAUGACUUUAGGUGGUCAAGUAUUCUUUAUUUUUAAACAUGCUGUUUUCAGUCGCCCCGCAUGACCAAGACUCCCUCAAAACCUCCGGAGGUCACUUACACGAACGCCUCAUUAAAUUACUCGUACGAUUCGAGCCGACCCGACUUUUCGGAACAGCCAGGAACCUCCACUCCGGCCCAGAACUCAGUCCAAAACCCUUUGCCCUUCUCAGUUUCGACCAAGAUGUCGACUGCGAUCACUUCAUCCUAUCCAACAACAUCUGCUGCCGAUGCAAUGAAGGUGUCGCAGAUUUCCACGGAUAGUUCCAAAUCGGCGCCGGAUUACACGGACGCGGCUUACCAAAGGACCUUCUCUAAUAUCGAAGAACAACCCUUCACGGUGGCCGAGCUUUCGGCACAGCCAAGAGCGAGGAAUGCGGCGACUUUGCCAGCAACAGCCUUGAGAACCAGCGCUUUCCAGUAAGUAGGGUUGAGAGGAAGGAAAUCGGGAUUGGUUUUUGUUAUAUUGGUAGUUUCUAAUUUCGUUUUUCCAGGCCGUAUUCUAUGUCACAUCGAAACAAAUCGGACUCGGAACAGCCCGAACCUGUCAAAUCGAGCAGCGUCGAUAAGGAACCCCGAGUCCCCAGUGAAUCCCUGAACCCAUUUGUAGCCGAGAUCAAGGCGAACGUCAUGGAUGACAACGAUUUUGGAGAAAGAUUCGACCAAAUCCGCCGAGUAAAUCGAAGAAAUACAGUGGACUCAUCGAUGGAUGGCUCGAGAAUCUCGGACACCUCUGAUCGAAGAAACGUCAGUACCAAUUUGGAUGAGACAUUCUCGAGCUACACCAAGCUAUUCAAGAACGGCAGCUUCCAGUUGGACGCGGUCACGGAGCAGCGGAUCGAGGAAGACCCGUUUGGGGCCGCUCCCAUCCUCUCCAGCCAAAUUCUGGCUGCCAAACCCGUUUAA